AUGAGUGACGAUAUACUUGAGUGGUUCUACUUUAGUCUACCCUUAGCGGUAUUUGUGGUGUUCUGGUUCGUUUUUGGGGAUAAGAUACUUGGAAGAGGAGAGCCGCAGAGGAUGCCGAGGGAUAUGCCACCAGAGGAGGUUGAUGAGAAGGAUUAUAUCUAUUUAACAAAAGAGCAACUUAAAGAAUUUGAUGGCGUUAAAAGAGAAGACAAGAAGAUCUACAUCGGAGUCAAAAACGAGAUCUUUGACCUCACUAAGAAUGCAGAAAUGUACGGCCCAGAAGGAGCCUAUGGAUGAUUUUCAGGUAAAGAAGUCUCAAUAGCCAUGGCAAAAAAUUCUACUGAAGAAGACGUUAUUAAUACUCCUUACGAAUCUUUCAAACUCAAUGUGUCAUACCAGGACUCCUUGGAUUCUUGGUACUGGUUCUUUAGAGGAAAGUACCCCAUGAUCGGUAAAGUUGUGCCAGAUAAGAAGAAUGACUAA